GCCGUGGCAGGAAACCAUGCGAGCUGGAAAUCCUCGGAGGAGGAAGACGAGGAAGAAGAAGAUGAGGAGGACGAGGAGAGAGGGAAUAGUGAAGGGCGAGGCUCCGAAGGCGAUGGCAGUGUGAGCCAUUGCGCAGCGUCAGUGGCACAGGCAGAGGCAGACGCAGUGCGGGCAUUAUCUCUUCAUCGUCAUGGCCGAGGUUGAGGAACUGCCCUGCGCUGACGCCGCUACCUCUGGAUCGGAAGCACACGGCAGUGGGCACGAGGGGAACCCCGCGAGCGCCACCGAGUCUGGCGAUGUCGAUGCCGAGGCCAGCACUCGGAGCAAGCCGCCGGGGCGCAAACGUUUGUUUAUCACGUUUUCCGUCGUAUUCUUCUUCCUGCUUGGGGUUCCUUUUUGGUGGAAAUCAACAGAGGUGUAUCGGGCUCCCCUCCCUUUUUCAGCCAUUGAAGAGCACGCUGCCGUUGUCGCUUCCUCAUCUCUGGCUCUGGCUCUGCCUUGCCAUUUGCAUAUCAUAUUCACCUCUGCAGCACCACAUCGGAACGAAGGUUUGAUGAGUGUGGCUUCUUUGGAGAAAGUGGCCGAAUCAUUUCGACAACAUGCUCAGGGUUAUGAUUUUGGGAUUAGGGUCACUUGGGAUGCGGAUGACUCUUGCGUCAGCGUUGGAAGUGAUGUCGAGUGGACUUGGCCGUGUGGACUUGCAAAUUCGGAUCUUCUCAAUGUGGAUCUCAGGAACGAUGACUAUGUGGAUGAGUUUUUGUGGAGCUUUGCCAAGGACAAAAGCUCAAGUGCAGGAGGCCGCUACACAUUGGUAGUUGUUGAAAGAAAACCUGGUGAAGAUGCAAAGGAAAGGACUGUCGUGGGAAAGCAUAGGCACGCGUGGAUGACCGGUGCUGAUUUAUCAGUUCCUGACUUCGAAGAUGGGAUUGCUUCGCGUAUCGCCGAAGUUGCAGUGAUAUACUUCAGGAAUGGUGGUCGAGUCAGCAAGGCUGGACGGGCUGAGGAUGACCAAGUGCCGAGCAUGCCACUUUCGGCCGAUGGGGAGGCCAUUUUAUCCUUCACUCUGUUGAAUGCAAAUCCAGAGGACUGGAUUUAUGAUUGGGAUAUAGAGGAAGUAGAGGAGCGCUAUCUGCAACCACUUAUAGACGUCAUGGAGCCUGUUGCCCGCUUCUCCGUUGAAAGCCAGGUGCUAUAUUAUACUCCAAAGGCAGUUUCAUCGCAUUGGAAUGAAGCCUUGAAGGCGCAUCUGGUGCCAUUUAAGCAGCUUCCAUUCUUUGUCAAUUCAAACGAGUGGCAUCUCGACACGUCUAGUGCAGCUACUGGUCGCUCUAAGAUCCUACAUUUUGCAAUUUAUGUGCCAGCAGCCAAUGAGUGUCCUCUGCAUAUGCAGUUGUCUAGCGGGCGUAUUUCACUCACUAAUGGAUUCACGUCUCCGGGAUGGGGUGGAGUAACUGUUUACAAUCCUCCAGGUUGUGGUAAUCUUGUCUCGAACAAUUCUGGGAGUUACAAACUUUCUUCGAAGGACCUGGAACCCGUGGUAGGAGUAAUUGUUGCCCAGAUUCGGGCGCUUUUCGGUCUGCCAUCCAUGUUUGUGAAAAACGCGAAGACGAGUACAUAUGGGGUGCCAGCUGCUGUCACGGGCAUUGCUGACUGGGAAGUGGAUGUGCUGCUACGUAGACGAACUGCUAUGGAUAUUCAGGCCUCAGCAUCUACCUUACUGUCCCUCUCCCGCUUGGUUAGCUCUUUGCCUAACAUGGUUAUUAAGGAUGAAAUUGGAGAACAUGUUCAAAGUUCUCUUGCUGAAGCAAAAGCAGCCCAAAGUCAAUCACUUGUGGGAGCUUAUCAUGCUGCAGCAGAAGCAGCUAGGAAAGCUAGAUCACGGGCAGAAGCGGCGUUCUUCCAGCCGUCCAUCAUGUCACUGCUCUAUUUUCCUGCCGAACAUCAGCUCGCCAUUUAUACGCCCUUUUUCGUCCCAGUUCUCCUGCACGUGCUUGUCGCUUUGCUGAAGGAGGGAUCUCGAUACAAGCAAGAGUGGCAGAAGUACAGAAGAGGCGAUUUGAAACAACUAUGAAAAAACCGUGUGGAGUUAUUUUGUGACACCACGUAUUCACUGUCAUAGUGAGUUUUUCGUGCUAGGAACAUUAUAUACUUGAUCCAACACCAUGCCCGGACAAUGAAGUUACUUCUCAGAAGCUUGGAUUCAUCCUGUGACACAGUGGACGCUCGGUAUGGCUUGAAGAUUCUCCUAGUCCAUGAAACUUUUACAAUGAUGGGAAGGGGAACCUAAUCCCAACGUGACUUGAGUUGGCGUUUUUCCUAGUUCGGGUGAGAUCACCCUCGAUGAAGUAUAGCAAUGGUUGAAGACAUCAUUUGGUUUUUACUGAUUGCAUCUGACAAGACAGACAAAAAUAGAUCGACACUCCAACUCAAGUAGAAGAAUUAGGGGAUUGAGCUAUUUUUGGAGAUUUUUGUGGAUAACCAGUGCAGCUAAUGAACAGAAUCUCAUUUUGGUAAUCAAUUUCCUCUCCAUA